GACUCGCAUGCAGCUGCUACAAGGUUGACGAUAUCCUACGAUGCAUUUAUGUCGAUAGGUAAACAAGUCAGGGACACGGUCUUUGUAAAUGGAUAUGUGCUUGUUGUAAAUACUCGUAAAACGUUCGCAAAUCUCGAGCGGAGAAAAAUUCUUAAUGAUUUGGCAGCAAAAGUAAGUGCCUUUUGUGAGAAGAAUCGAAAAUUGCAUAAAGCGUUAAGACUUUUUAUUGCAGCCGUUGAUAGCGGUGAUGUAAACACUUGCGUCUUUGCACUUUCGUUUUCAUAA